AAAACAUUUUUCUUAACAAGGAAAAUGAAGUUAUUUCAAGCUUACUAUAUACUUAUCUUCCUUUCAUUAAGAGUUGCAUCAAAAGAACAUGGCCGUUACGCCAAGAAAGGGUGCCGUGAUAUGUGUGGGAAUGUUAGGAUUCCGUACCCUUUUGGAAUCGGGCCAAAGUGUGCAGUAAACAAAUGGUACGUCGUGGAUUGCAACUCCUCGACGCCAUAUCUACAUGCACUCAAUAAUUACCGCUUUGAAAUUGUAAGUGUUAGCUUGAAAAAUCAAAAAAUCACAGUUAAUACCCCAAAACCAAUUUUCUCUGAUUGCCAAAAUCCAGUUACAAAUAAUAUCACUCAGACAAACACCAUCGAUCUUGGUGGGAGCCCCUUCUGGCUCUCCCCAUCAGACAAUAUAUUUGUUUAUGAGGGGUGUGGUAAUGCUGUAUUGACAGAUCAUGGGAGUACUGAGCUAACGGGGUGUUCCACGGCUUGUCUCGAUAACAGUAGUACUCGUUUCGACAGAAACAAUAACUGCUUUGGUAUCGAUUGUUGCCAAACCUCAAUUCCUCCUGAUCAUUAUCUCAAAGCCUACAAUAUUAGCCUUAUUACGGAUUUGAAAUUUAAGCAGCAGGGCAGAGAUAGAGCUUCUUGUGGGUCUGCCUUUGUGAUGGAUACAAGUUCAUACUUUAAUCCGAGCCGAUCUAUUGCCAGGGAAGACACUUUUGUUCCGAUUUCCCUUCUUUGGACUCUAUCGCAGAAUGACUCUCAUAAAGUCACUUGUUGCCCUUUUCAAUCUAUGGAUAAAGUCAUAGUCAAUCUGGGUAAUGGAAUACCAUUAGAUUCUCGGAAAUGCACAUCCAAUGUUUAUUACGAAGGAAAUCCUUAUAUUGAAGAUGGAUGCGACGUUAAUGAUGAAGGGUGUGCAAACUGUACGCGAAAUGGAGGUUACUGUAGUAGUGACCCAAUAUAUAACAUAGAUGGUUCUGUUUACAAACCGAACUAUCAUUGCAAAUAUUUUCCUAAUUAUAAGCAGAGGAAAUCACUCUUGGGUGUUAUUUUAGGUGUUAGCAUAAGCAUGGGUGUAGUUUUUCUGGUGGUGAUAAGCUAUGCGAUGUACAAAUUAAUAAGAAAAACAAAAGACAAGAGACAAAGAAAGAAGUUUUUUAAACGCAAUGGUGGAAUACUAUUAAAACAACAGGCAGAAGCUCACCCAUCUUUGGUUGAUAAAACCAUACUUUUCACAUCACGUGAGUUGUCGAAGGCCACUGACAACUUCAACGAAAACAGAGUUCUUGGUCGAGGAGGCCAAGGUACGGUGUUCAAGGGGAUGUUAAUGGAUGGAAGGAUUGUGGCAAUUAAGAAAUCAAAGGUGGUUGAUGAAAGCCAAUUAGAGCAGUUCAUAAAUGAAGUGGUCAUUCUUUCUCAAGUUAAUCACAGGAAUGUGGUCAAACUUUUAGGAUGCUGCUUAGAAACAGAUGUUCCCCUGUUAGUUUCAGAGUUCAUUUCAAAUGGGACCUUGUAUGAUCGUCUUCACAAUGAUAUUGAUGAGUUCCCAUUUUCAUUAAAUAUGAGAUUACAGAUAGCUACCGAUGUUGCGGGAGCCUUUGCUUACUUACAUUCAGCAACUUCCAUUCCUAUAUAUCAUAGGGACAUCAAAACGACCAAUAUACUUUUGGAUGAUAAAUAUAGGGCCAAAGUGUCCGACUUUGGAACUUCAAGGUUGGUAUCAAUGGAUCAAACUCACUUGACUACCAUGGUAAAAGGUACGUUUGGCUACCUAGAUCCUGAAUAUUUCCAAUCUAGCCAAUUUUCUGAGAAGAGUGACGUUUAUAGUUUUGGAGUAGUUUUGGUUGAACUAAUAACGGGGGAAAAGCCAAUUUCACUAACUAGAUUCGGAGAACACAGAAGUCUAGCUACACACUUUACGUUUGCUAUGGAAGAAGGGCGUGUUAUGUCCAUUUUAGAUGCAAAGAUGAUUAAAGAGGCUACCGGGAACGAGCUUCAUUUAAUAGCAAACCUUGCAAUGCGAUGCUUGAAUCUGAAUGGAAAGAAUAGGCCAACAAUGAAAGAAGUAGCUAUAGAGUUGGAAACCAUACAAACAUCACACAUUCCAUCAAUAAUUCAAACGAGUGUCAUACCCAUGAUAUAUGGGGAAGAUUUAGCUCAGCCGCCAUAUGGCGAAUCAACAUCAACAUUCACGAGUUUCAAUGAUAGCAUUAGUAAAUGAUGCUAAAGAUUUUAAUUAGUUGUUAUAUAUAGCAACGCCAUAU